GGUCAUACGAUAAUUGUUACAUUGUCCAAGGUGGUGCUGUGCUACACGGUAUUAUCCUAUACAACACGGUGUUGACUUCCAACGUGAAUUUUUGUUAAGAAGAGGCAUCUUCCGCAAUGGCUAGAGCUUUCAAAGUUCCGGUUCCCAAGUCGUAUAAUAAUGUCACGGAGGCAAAGCUAGUUCAGAAAGGCAGUAAUGUUUGGGUCCAGUUACCAGCAAAUUUGGUGACAGACUCAAAAAUGUGUCGACGAUCAGUUUAUAUGGAUGAUUUUAACUCAAAGCCGUUUCAUCGAUAUAGAAAUGUCAAGCCUAAAAUUACGACCCGACGAUCCACUUGUCCACAAUCAAAUAAGGAGUUUUCGUAUCCACGCGAACAUUUGGUACCUGGUUACAGUGACACAAAUCAUGCAGGACUCGUUAAAAAAAGUGAUUUGAACUUGAACACCAGUAGAAAGUUCGGGGAGCCUUCAAACAGUUUUUACGAAGGGAUGUCAAAGGGAAAAUAUUACGAAGGAAUGAAGCAUACAAGCAGCGAACCGAUUCAAGCGUUUUUGCCAGUAAUGAGUGGAGAUGCCUCAAUGAGUCAUCAUUAUUCUGGCACCCCUAUUUAUGAUACAAGAAAACUUUCAACAGCAAGGUCAUAUAACGACAAAGCAAGAGAUGCUUUACCUGGUCUUGGAGGAGGUGCUUUGGACACUUUUCCUGUAAAUGACACAAUAGAUGGGGGAAAUUUUCAUGAAAAUCCAUACAUGAGGCCAGAUUUGGUGAAUUAUGAGGUCAAAAGGUCUGCUUCUCUUCACACGCCAGGACGGAGCCUUUCUCGUUCCAAAUUCGAAAAUUUUGAUCCAGCAGCUAAUGUUCCUCUAGAUCCUUACUCGAGUUUUGAGAACUCCGCAAAACGGCAUGAACUAGAAAUAUUGACAAAAGCAGAGCCAAGAGCAGUCCAGUUUGGUGAACCUAACGUAGAUCACCUCUACCGGACAUCAGGGUGCACAAGUGGCUACAAAGUAAUUGCCCCCACCUAUGAAAAUACUAACGGCACUUUUUCUCAUACUGGGGGUAAUUUCAGAGGAUCAUUUACCGUAGCUCCAGAUUGGGUCUCGGAAAGAAAGAAAUCCGUUGUUCUUCGGCAUUGAACGAAGAAAUCAAAUUUUUUAUCAUUUUACUCAUUUUCAACUUGCAAAGUAAAUACAGCAUUUUGCUGAUUUUUUUGCAAAUGUUUUUAAUGACAUUUUCGGGUGGUGCGUUAGGCCGAUAACGGAUUUAAAUUAUUAAUUUUAAUGAUUUUUUAAAAGCAGAAAUGUCUAUGAAACCAAUACAACAUGACGAUAAGGCUACCAUGUACAGUAUUUAAACCAAUCAUGUUAUUUAAUAUAUAUUGUAAAUAAGCGAAUAAGGUAAUAAAACGAUA